GGUUGGCUGGGAUCAGGGGUCUGAUUAUGCUCACUGACUGUAUUAUCCCGUGUGCGGAGCACUUCCUACAACUAAUGCUUAACAAAAUGAGGUCCGUGCGUUGUUUAGGAAGGCUGGCGUUACUCGUUUUUAUUGCGCUGCAGUGCGACUGUCGAGACACGGAGUUUAAUUACGUGACGUGUGGUUCCCUGGUCAAGUUGCUAAACACACGGCACAACGUCCGACUGCACUCCCACGACGUUAAAUAUGGGUCAGGUAGUGGGCAGCAGUCAGUCACGGGGGUGGAGAGCUCAGAUGAUGCCAACAGCUACUGGCGGAUCCGGGGAAAGCCCAACGCACCAUGUGAGAGGGGCGCACCCAUCAAGUGCGGCCAAGCCAUUCGCAUCACUCACAUGAACACAGGCCGCAACCUCCACACUCAUCAUUUCGUCUCUCCGUUGUCCAGCAACCAGGAGGUGAGUGCUUUCGGGGAGAACGGUGAGGGCGACGACCUGGACGUGUGGACCGUGCAGUGCAGUGGGACAUACUGGGAGCGCGAUGAGGCCGUGCGCUUCAAGCACAAGGGUACCGAGGUCUUCCUCAGCGUCACUGGGGAACAGUACAACCACCCCAUCCGCGGGCAGCGGGAGGUGCACGGCAUGCCGCACGCCAACCACCACAAUUACUGGAAGACCAUGGAGGGCGUGUUCAUCAAGACGAGUGCAGAGCUGGGCCAUCAUGAUGAGCUCUAGCAUCCAUUCGGUUCUCUACAUAAUCUUCUCCUCACCUUGAUUCUUUGCCCUGGAAAGAACUCUGUAGAAAAUUAAAGUUCUUGUCCGCUCUGGUUCCAAAACCUCUGCAGCUACCGUUCUCUCACUUGUGAAUACCGAAGUGAAAAAUUCCAGAGUGUUUUAAGGAGAAAUUAAUUUAGAUUUUGAAAAAUUGUGUGUAAAGUUGAACUUUGAACUGUACACCCCUCCCCCCCCCAGGUUUGGCAAUGCAUUGUUUUUCAGAAAAAGCAAUUUCCUAAAUAAGAACCACCAUACACCCCCCCCCCCCAAGGUGUUAUUAAAGGUAGGUCAAUAUCUUUAUGUACAGUUUGGGCAUGGUUACACAGAGGUGCCAUAAGUGGUGCUGAGAUAUUUCAUAAAUUAUCUGGUUUCUGUGUAAAUGGAAUAAGAACCACUGCUACUCCCAUGGUAUAUGAAGACCAGAAAGUACCAUGCUUGAUUUUCAUUGUGCUUUUUCACCUAGCUAUAAAUGCUUAUUUAUUCUGUUUGAGUGUCUCCUUUUGGUUUCAAGGCUGGUGAAAUAUUUACAUUCAUUUUGUUAAGAGGGUUCGGGGUCUCCUGCACCUGGUACCUGUGAGAAUGCGGGGAAGUGUUUUGAGUUGUCACUGCUGUUCCAAUAGAGGUUAUGAAUUUGACAGUUUUGAUUCAUUUCUCCUGUUCUUGUGAUGUUCCCAGUCCCCCACAGCAGGGCAGCAGCAGUGCCUUAUAUAAAUGGGUCUCAGAAACCAGUUUAAGCAAUAGGUUUCCUACUUGUAUGGAUUCUAAAACUACGUUUCCAUGGACCUGCUCUUAGCUUCCUGCCCAUCGCGAAAUAAGACUUUACUAACCUGGUUUAGCUAAUGAAAUCCCCCUUUUUUACAACACUUUCCAAAAAAGUUACACAAUGUGUAAAAUGUAAAUAAAAGCAGAAUGCAAUGA